GUUCAUCCGGAAACAGGGCCUGGACCGUCUUUUCCUGGAGUGUGAUGCACACAUGUGGCGCCUGGGGGACCGGCGGAUCCCAGAGGGCAUCGCCGUGGAUGGUGGCUCAGACUGGUUCCUGCUGAACCGGAAGUUCGUGGAGUAUGUGGCAUUUUCCACAGAUGACCUGGUGACCAAGAUGAAACAGUUCUACUCAUACACCCUCCUUCCCGCUGAGUCCUUUUUCCACACGGUCCUGGAGAACAGCCCCCACUGCGACACCAUGGUGGACAACAACCUGCGCAUCACCAACUGGAACCGCAAGCUGGGCUGCAAGUGCCAGUACAAGCACAUUGUGGACUGGUGUGGCUGCUCUCCCAACGACUUCAAGCCCCAGGACUUCCAUCGCUUCCAG